AUGACUGUCGAUGAAUGGUACAACCAGCGAUUUGGUAACGCUUCAUCGACGUCACAGCAACAACAGCACCAUCAUCCAGGCGAUAAAGAUGGCAACGUGGACCAGUCUGGAGAACUCGAGGGAGAGGAGGCCGAAGAGCGAGAAAGGGCGAGGUUGAUGAGGUGGGAUGACUACAAAGACGAUCAUCGACGAGGCUGGGGAAAUACUCAUAAUAAGGGAUGA